AAGCUCGGACAAGAUCAACAAGAAGGCGAAAACAAACAGCCUUUUUUUUGGUGGGGGGGGAAUGUUUUAUUUUUGUGCACAAACCGAACACGCCACUGAUAUUUUUUUGUCAUCAAAUAACGUUCGUGGAGAUUAUCGUAUGUUGCCAUGUACCUCGGAGACGGGCUGCUGUUUGAAAUUCAAAAUGGAAAACCCAAGUUGAUUGUGCUUGACCACAGUGUCGAGAGGAAUCUUGUCACGAAUUCCCUCAGGACUCGCCCGGCCUGCCUCGUGAGCUCCGGGCAGCCGUCCUGUGCGCAGGACGUGCGGGCGCAGCGUCGGGCGGGGCGGCGCCCGACGGGGCGGCGCCCGGGGGCUCCCGGAGGGGCCGAGACACAGGCGGCAGAGAGCGCAGCCUCCUUUGGGUCCGGCGGGGCGGCGGACACAAUGCGAGGCGGUCAGGCGGCCUCCAAAACGCGGGAGCGUCGUACCAAAGCUGCACCCGAGGAGAAGUCCGAGCGCCAGAAAAGCAGCUCCUCCUCCGUCAACGGGGCAGCUGCACAGUCUGCAAAAAGUUGGGCUACCGCGUCCGACGUGAAGUCGGAGCCGACGGACCCGCUCGACGCUGAAGAACCGAGAGACGCGGCGGCGCGAUCGAGCGGCGAGCGGCCCGCCGGCCACGACCGUCGCGUAACAGAGGAGCGCGGCGCGUCCGGUCAACACGUACAUCGCACAGUCGAGGAAGAAGCGGGAGGAGAGACGGAGGAGGGCAGAGAAGGUCCGGAUCAAACGACAACAAACAACAGAAAUUCCCCUCCUAAAGACAACGGGUCUCACGGCGGUGUUUUCGGCCAGCUGGAGCAGCGCAACGUUGACGGCGCAUCGGUGGAAGCGAAGAAGGCUCAGUGGAGGCAACAACUAGAUGAGCAGGUGGCCCUGCAGCGGCAGCGUUGUUCAACCUCAGUCCGACCACAGACAGAGCAGGAACCAGGAAGUGAGCGCUCAGUUCAUCCGCCGGGCCGCCACAGAGAGCAGCCGGCGGCCAUCAGGUCCAGCCUCAGGCUCGGGGCGGUGACUCCGAUGGAGGAGACUUUGGCGUCGCAGAGGCGAGAAGAGCAGAAGCGGCUUUGGCUGGAGGAUCUGGACCGACAGAGGGAAGAGACGAGCCGACGCAGGAUGCGCGAGAAGAUGCUGCUCAGUCAGAAAGACGAUCACGAGCUGUGGGCGGCACACUUUGACUCCCUCCAGCGCAAAGCUCCCGCUGGGACUCGAGCCCCGCCGGCCAACCCGUCCCUGACGUGGGACGCUUCCGGCCGCCGCGAAGCGGUCAGCGCGGGCCAAGUCGGCGUGGACCCCGGCGGCGGCAGAUACCCCGCCAAGAGCAGCUAUCAUCGGAGCAUGACGGCCCUGCUGGACCCGGUCCAGGUGGAGGAGCGCGAGAGGAGGCGGCUCAAGCAGCUGGAGCAGCAGAGGGACAUCCGGGCUCAGGUGGAGGAGCAGAGGCGACACAAGCGCCAAGAAGAUGCCACGAGGAGGGCGGAGGACCGAGAGGAGGAGAGUCGCGUCGCGCAGGAGAGGGACAUGCUGCUCGGGAGAUUCCGGCGGGAGCAGCGCAAGCAGGAGCAGCCGAAGAAGCUUGAUGAUGAUGAUGAUGUUGAUGGAGGAGUGAAGGAAGCAGUGGAUGUGCAUGUGUCACGUCCAACUGCGGCGGAGAAGAGAGACACAGCUGUGCAGACUGACGCACCCCCCACUCAAGCGCCUUCGAACUGCAAGAACAGAGCAGGCAAGGAGGACGUGCAGAAGGUGCUCGCGGUCGAAGGAGGCGCCGCCUACGAGGCCUUCGCCGGGACGGAGGAGAAGAGGAGGCCUGAGUGGAACACGCGCAGGCCCAGUCGGCGCUUCGUCCCCGCGUCUGAGCGUUACCCGUCCCCGCUGCAGAGGAGCCGACGGGAGAGCCGACUCAAGAGGCAGGAGGAGAUCCUCGGUCUGCAGGACAGAAACUGCCCGCCCGCAAACCGACAUCAGCGGCGCGGGCGGGAGACGCGGAUCGUCGCAAGUCGGCCUCGAAGCGACGACGCGCAGUCUAGCAGUGUGAGCGCGUCUGCGGAAAGGGGGCGCUCACCUCUCAUCCCGCAACCCUCCCUCCAGUUCAUCCCUUACAUCCGCACCGCUGACGUCUUCCAUCUGGACCCCACCGAAACCGAAGACACGCCCACUCCUCACCUGCACACAGCAGCCCCGAGCUGCGCGCCUCCUCCUGACGCCUCCUGCUCGUCGUCGUCCUCCCCUGCCGAUCUCCUCAUUCUGCGCAGCACACAGCGACAGCAGGAGAUCCUCAGAGGCCUGGCGCAGCUACGACAGGGUUUGCUUGAGAAGCAGAGGGAGCUGGAGUGUGACCUGCGACGUCAAGACGACAAGCGUCCGUCGCCCGCCAAAUGUUAAGACGGUGACAACGUUUUUCUUCUCCUACGUGUCAAACUUCCAACGGCGGUUGCUUGUCACCGCCACACACCACCGACAACGAUACAGUUUGCUGCGUUAAAUGCCGGGUCGUUUCGUGGCAAUUUUGUUUUUGUGUGUGUGAAAGGGGCUACGUUGUAUCGCCAAAUCAUGUUUUAGUUUGCAUUUUUUUAAAUUAAAUUAAUUUAUUGCAGUUGUAAAUAAAAGCUUAAA